GGGGGCGUUGAUGACAUGACAAAGCUAUCUUAUUUGCAUGAGCCUGGAGUUCUGCAGAACUUAAAAAUUAGAUAUGAACUCAAUGAAAUCUAUACCUAUACUGGAAAUAUUCUUAUUGCCAUCAAUCCAUUCCAAAGAUUGCCUCAUAUCUAUGAUGCUCACAUGAUGCAACAAUACAAGGGAGCUCCGUUUGGAGAAUUAAGUCCUCAUGUUUUUGCAGUAGCUGAUGUUGCCUACAGGGCAAUGGUCAAUGAGGGGAAAAGUAAUUCGAUUCUGGUCAGCGGUGAAAGUGGAGCAGGCAAAACCGAGACCACAAAAAUGCUUAUGCGGUACCUUGCCUUUUUAGGCGGUAGGACGGCCACCGAAGGAAGAACAGUUGAACAACAAGUUCUUGAAUCAAAUCCAGUUCUUGAAGCGUUUGGAAAUGCUAAAACUGUUAGAAAUAAUAAUUCGAGCCGUUUUGGUAAAUUUGUUGAGAUCCAGUUUGAUAAGCAAGGAAGAAUCUCAGGAGCUGCCAUCAGAACUUACCUUCUGGAGAGAUCUCGUGUUUGCCAAAUUUCUAACCCUGAGCGCAACUACCACUGCUUUUACCUUCUUUGUGCUGCACCACAGGAGGAAGUUGAGAGGUACAAAUUGGGAAACCCUAAAUCAUUUCACUAUCUUAACCAGUCAACUUGCUAUGAACUGGUUGGUAUAAGUGAUGCCCAUGACUAUCUUGCCACAAGGAGGGCUAUGGAUAUUGUUGGAAUAAGUGCGAAGGAUCAGGAAGCAAUUUUCAGAGUUGUUGCCGCAAUACUUCAUAUUGGAAACAUUGUAUUUGCUAAGGGAAAAGAAGUUGACUCAUCGGUUCCAAAAGAUGACACGGCCAAAUUCCAUCUUAAAACAGCAGCAGAGCUUCUCAUGUGUGAUCCUCUGGCCUUGGAAGAUGCAUUAUGUAAACGCGUUAUGAUUACCCCUGAAGAGGUUAUAAAGAGAAGCCUUGACCCUCAAAGUGCAUUAAUUAGCAGGGAUGGUUUGGCUAAGACAAUUUACUCUCGAUUGUUUGACUGGCUGGUGGAUAAAAUUAAUAGCUCCAUUGGACAAGAUCCUAACUCAAAAUCUCUCAUUGGCGUCCUUGACAUUUACGGUUUUGAAAGCUUUAAGAAUAAUAGUUUUGAGCAGUUCUGUAUUAAUUUCACCAAUGAGAAAUUGCAGCAGCAUUUCAAUCAGCACGUCUUCAAGAUGGAACAAGAAGAGUAUACUAAAGAAGAGAUUGAUUGGAGCUACAUUGAGUUUGUUGAUAACCAAGAUGUUUUGGAUCUUAUUGAAAAGAAACCUGGUGGAAUCAUCGCUCUUCUCGAUGAAGCUUGCAUGUUUCCAAAAUCAACACAUGAAACAUUUGCGAAUAAACUCUACCAGACAUUUAAAACUCAUAAGCGCUUUGUGAAGCCAAAAUUGUCUCGCACGGAUUUUACCAUUUCUCAUUAUGCUGGAGAGGUCCAAUAUCAAUCCGAUCAUUUUUUGGACAAAAACAAGGAUUAUGUGGUUCCUGAACAUCAGGAUUUGUUGAGCACGUCCAAAUGUCCUUUUGUAGCAGGACUUUUCCCGCCACUUCCAGAAGAGACAUCUAAAUCUUCUAAGUUUUCUUCAAUUGGCUCUCGCUUUAAGGUACAACUACAACAAUUAAUGGAUACAUUAAACUCUACAGAACCCCACUACAUCAGAUGUGUAAAGCCAAACAACCUUCUUAAACCUGCUGUAUUUGAGAAUGCAAACAUUAUGCAACAGCUACGUUGUGGUGGUGUCCUAGAGGCAAUCAGAAUCAGUUGUGCGGGAUACCCUACUCGCCGUCCAUUCUUUGAAUUCCUCAACCGGUUUGGGCUUCUUGCCACAGAGGCCUUGGAAGGAAACUAUGAUGAAAAGGUUGCUUGCCAAAAGAUUAUGGAAAAGAAGGGGCUUCAAGGAUAUCAGAUAGGUAAAACAAAGGUAUUCUUAAGAGCUGGUCAGAUGGCUGAAUUAGAUGCACGGAGAGCUGAGGUGAUCAAUAAUGCUGCAAAAACCAUCCAGCGGCGCAUACAAACUCAUAUUGCUCGUAAACGGUUUAUUGCAUUGCGAGAGGCUACUGUGAUUUUGCAAUCUGUGUGCAGAGGAAGACUGGCAUGCAAAGUUUUUGAUGGCAUGAAGAAGGAGGCAGCUGCUCUUAAAAUUCAGAAGAAUCUACGAAGAUAUGGAGCCAGAAAAGCUUAUAAGAAACUCCAUCUUUCUGCACUUGUAUUGCAAACAGGUUUAAGGGCAAUGGCUGCUCAUAAAGAAUUCAGAUACAAGAAGCAAACUAAAGCUUCAGUUAUUAUCCAGGCCCGGUGGCGUUGCCAUAAAGCUGCUUCAUAUUAUAAGAAGCUCAAGAGAGGAACAAUAAAGGCACAGACAAGAUGGAGAGGUAGAAUUGCGCGGAGAGAGCUUAGGAAGCUCAAAAUGGCUGCAAGGGACACAGGUGCACUUAAAGAAGCAAAAGAUAAGCUUGAGAAACAUGUAGAGGAACUCACAUGGCGCUUACAGUUGGAGAAACGUUUACGGACUGAUUUAGAAGAAGCAAAGACACAUGAAGUAACAAAGUUGCAGAACUCAUUGCAAGAGAUGCAGAAGAAAGUUGAAGAAACAAAUGCAUUGCUUAUUAAGGAACGAGAGGCUGCAAAGAAAGCUAUUGCAGACGCACCUCCUGUUAUUAAAGAAACCCAAGUUUUAGUUGAAGAUACGAAAAAAAUUGAGUCACUAACAGCAGAAGUGGAGAGCCUAAAGGAUUCAUUGCAAUCAGAAAAACAAAGAGCUAAUGAAUCUGAGCAAAAAUCCAAUGAAUUCCAAGCAACAAGUGAAGAAAGACGGAAAAAUUUAGAAGAAACAGAGAAAAAAGUUCAGCAACUCCAUGAAUCAUUGAGCAGGCUAGAAGAGAAGCUGACUAAUUUGGAAUCCGAGAAUCAAGUACUACGGCAACAGGCUGUGUCCAUGGCACCCAAUAAGUUCCUUUCAGGACGCUCCAGAUCAAUUCUACAGAGGAGUGCUGACAGUGGUCAUAUAUCAGUGGAAACAAAGGCAUCUAUUGUAAGCAAUUCUCUUGAUCUGCAUAGCGCUUCAAUAAACAGAGAUCCUUCAGAAGUAGAGGAGAAACCACAGAAAUCACUAAAUGAGAAACAACAAGAGAACCAGGAGUUGCUCAUUCGUUGUGUUGCACAACACCUUGGUUUUUCGGGGAACCGGCCUAUUGCUGCCUGUACCAUAUACAAAUGCCUCUUGCAGUGGAGAUCUUUUGAAGUUGAGAGGACAAGUGUGUUUGACCGCAUCAUUCAGACCAUUGGCAAUGCUAUUGAGACCCAGGACAACAAUAAUAUUUUAGCCUACUGGUUAUCAAAUGCCUCUACACUCCUUUUGCUACUCCAGCGAACAUUGAAAGCUAGUGGUGCAGCUGGAAUGGCUCCACAGCGUCGUCGAUCAUCAUCAGCCACACUAUUUGGGAGGAUGACACAAAGUUUCCGUGGGUCUCCUCAAGGGGUUAAUCUUUCCUUGAUGAACGGUAGCAUAAGUGGUGGAGUGGAUACCUUACGGCAAGUUGAAGCCAAGUACCCCGCUUUGCUUUUCAAACAGCAGCUUACAGCUUAUGUGGAAAAGAUUUACGGGAUGAUUCGAGAUAAUUUGAAGAAAGAAAUUUCUCCAUUACUAGGGCUGUGCAUCCAGGCACCAAGAACAUCCAGAGCAAGCUUAGUCAAGGGAUCAUCACGUUCAGUUGCUAACACUGUGGCCCAGCAAACUUUAAUUGCACACUGGCAAGGGAUUGUGAAGAGCCUUGGAAACUUCUUAAACACUUUGAAAACUAAUCAUGUACCCCCAUUUUUAGUUCGUAAGGUCUUCACUCAAAUAUUUUCCUUCAUCAAUGUUCAACUUUUCAACAGCCUUUUGUUGAGGCGAGAGUGUUGUUCGUUUAGUAAUGGUGAAUAUGUUAAAGCUGGAUUAGCUGAAUUGGAGCAUUGGUGUUACAAAGCAACAGAUGAGUAUGCAGGUUCAGCCUGGGAUGAGCUCAAGCAUAUAAGGCAGGCCAUUGGGUUUCUUGUCAUACAUCAAAAACCAAAGAAGACACUGGACGAAAUAAGCCAUGACCUCUGCCCAGUCCUUAGCAUACAGCAGCUAUAUCGGAUCAGUACAAUGUACUGGGAUGACAAGUAUGGCACGCAUAGUGUGUCUUCGGAUGUUAUAUCCAAUAUGAGGGUGUUGAUGACAGAAGAUUCCAACAAUGCUGUUAGCAACUCCUUUCUGUUGGAUGAUGAUUCAAGCAUUCCAUUUUCAGUAGAUGACUUAUCGAAAUCAAUGGAACAAAUUGACAUCUCUGAUAUUGAACCACCACCUCUUAUUCGCGAGAACUCAGGGUUUAGUUUCUUGUUGCCACGGUCUGAUUAAUCAUCAUUUGAGACAUCAAAGGAUUCUUUUUGUUGGCUUCUCUUGACUGUCAAGGUGUAGAUUCAAACUUACAACCUCCAAGAUUUUGGAUGCUUUUGGAGGGGUUGUUCAUUCUUUAUUUUUCUUUACAUUAGAUAAAUAGUUCAUUGAUUCAAACAGGGAUACCUUUACUCCCCAUGCAGCAUAAAG